UAAAAAAAAAAAAAAAGAAGAAGAAGAAAAUGAAAUAGAAACGAAUCUUAAGGUAUACAAAGAGUAAGUCAUUCCGUAGCUCCGUCGAGUCCAACAUAGGUGCUUGAUAUCGACCCAGACGGCUACUUCUGCAUCCUAUCCCUUCUACCAUCCCAACACCAGCACCAGCACAGGAUCGCCGGCGCGAUCAGCAGAGCCACGAGCAACCAUCCCCACUACUUUCAUCAUCACCACCACCACCACCACCACUACCACCACCACCAUUACUACCCUCUUCAUUCCUCUCCCAUAUCGAACACCACAAGGGAAAUUGUGCACGGGGAGUUGCUUUUCCUUCUACUACAUAUUACCACCCUCCUUUUAUUCCAUAUCUGUACACACCGUACAUAUAUAUACAUCGUACAUAUAUACACACCGUACAUAUAUACAUACAUAGGUGUGGUUACGCGCAGUGGGACAUGCUUUCAUCCCCUCCUCCAUCAUCCCUUAAACUCGACAACCCUCUCUCUUAUAUAUUCCUCUCCUCUUCGAGCCAGAACUUUCCCACCCUCAGUUCGUAUCCUCGAGCUCGACCGCGUAGGAAGCAGCGGCCGGGUGUCAUUUCGGCCCGGGAUGCCAUGCCCGAGGCCGGUGCUGGUUCCUCCGGGAAAUCGUUCCUGCAGAGAGCACGGGGCAAGGUACUCCGCUGGUUACGACGAUCUCUACGUACGACGACUCACCAGGUCGACGGGCAUGGCGCGGAAACGGUUCCAGAGCUCGACGAGGAGAUGGAGAAGGUUUUUGCGAUGGACGUCGGAGAAAAAUUCGACGUAGCCCGGCUUGGUUCACCUACGGAAUCGGCAGGAUCCGAUCGUGAUCGUGAUCGAGGACCGCCACGAUAUGGAGACCGUGACUUUAAUCAACAUCGUAAGAGAAGUUAUCCACAUCCCCACAUGCCACUAAAGAGUUUACACUCGAGAUCUAUGAGACGACAUCUUUCACCUGAAGGAUCAACGACGGAAGUGAGUCCAGAGGAGGAGGAGAGAAAUGGUGGACAUGGUAACGAGAUCGACAUAUUGGACAAUGGUCCAUCGUCGACUAACGAUCCCGAAGUCGACGAAGAGGGAGCGGAAGAAACCGAAAAUAUAAUUAGCAGUGGUAGCGAGGCACAAAUCUCUGAAAGAGCUGCUUCCGGUUUCAGCGAUGGUUCAACCUCAAUUGGUAGUCCAAGAGUACAAUUCGAAAAGAUCCGAGAAGAGGAUUCUAACAAUUUGAAUCAGGAUGAUGAUAAUAAUCAGGCAACAAGCUUAGCUUCCCCACCAACAUCUUCCACAGCUCAUGAGGACGAUCGUAAUAAAUGUCGAAGACAUCAAAAGCACGAGCACAAAAGACAUCAUCACAAAUCUAGGAAGUACUCUUUACAAGAGGAUCCACAAUGGAGAAAACGUUCUGGAGCUGGCUUUCCGGAUGGUCCUGGUAUUCUUGCCAGGAGAGUGAGUGUACAGCCAGAAGAAGCAAGUACUCUUCAGGAAUUGGAUAUAGACGAUUUGGAAUCACACAGGAGCGACGAUCCACGUGGAAUGAGACGGCACAAGGCUGCUCAUUCCACGAUACAGAUUGGCCGAAAAAAGGAAGGUGGUAUACCACAUGAAGCAUUCAAGAAAAUGUAUGAUCAUUCGCCUCAUGAGGUGUUUGUUCAAUUGGACGAAUUACAUGGGGUCGGUGAGGAACGUGAAUGGAGAGAGACAGCACGUUGGAUAAAAUACGAGGAAGACGUUGAGGAAGGUGCUGACAGAUGGGGCAGGCCCCAUGUUGCAUCCUUGAGCUUCCAUUCGUUGCUCAAUCUUCGUCGGUGUCUUGAAACCGGCGUGGUACUUCUUGAUCUUGAAGAGAAGGACUUACCUGGACUUGCCUAUAGGGUGGUCGAACAAAUGGUGAUAGAAGAAUUGAUUCUUCCAGAAGAUAGACCGGUUAUCAUGAGAGCACUUCUGUUAAAACAUAGACACGUGCACGAGCACGAUCGUGGAUUUCGUUUCGGUGGAAAACGCAACUAUUCCAGUUACACCAGUUUACAGUCCAUCUGGCUGGAGGAAGAAGAGGCUGCACGAGGAGCCACUGAAAACCAUGUAACCCAAAAUAAUUUGAACGACACAAAACCUAAAAUCGUUUCGUCGAACUUGGCUUUGGAUAGCAAUCAUACUAUUGUCGAUAUAAAAGAAGAAUUGACAUUUACAAGCAGUAACGAGGAUCUUAAAAAGGGACAAAACGAGUACAUAUUGAAAAGAAUUCCAGCGGGCGCCGAGGCAACGAUUGUUCUCGUAGGUGCCGUAGAUUUUCUUGACCAGCCAACGAUAGCUUUUGUUAGAUUGGCCGAAGGUGUAUUUAUGCCAGCUAUCACGGAAGUUAAGAUACCAGUAAGAUUUAUGUUCACUUUGUUGGGUCCAAGAAAUGCGGAUUUGGAUUACCAUGAAAUUGGUAGAUCGAUUGCUACCUUGAUGGCUAAUACUUCUUUCCAUAAAAUUGCUUACAAAGCAAACGAAAGAAGAGAAUUACUUUCCGCGAUUAACGAAUUCCUCGAUGAUUCGAUCGUUUUACCACCUGGGGAUUGGGAAAGGCAAGCAUUGUUACCAUUCGACGAAUUGAAAGCAAAAAGUGAAGCCAUUAGAAAAAGAAAAGCUAAGGCUCUCGAAGAGAAAGCUAAACCAGUUCAGAGUGAGGCAGCAAUAAAAAAGGCUCUUCUCGCUGGCGAAGAAGAAAAGAAGCCACCGGACGAUGAUCCUUUGCGCAGAACACGACGUCCAUUUGGUGGCAUCAUCAAUGACAUCAAAAGACGUUAUCCACAUUAUCUAUCCGACUUUACCGACGGCUUAAGUUCGUCAUGUUUAGCAGCAGCAAUUUUCAUGUACUUCGCAGCACUUUGCGCCGCUAUAACAUUCGGAGGAUUAAUGAGCGACAAGACACAAAAUAUCAUUGGAAUCUCAGAGACAUUGGUAUCUGGUUCAUGGACCGGUAUAGUAAUGGCAUUGUUUGCCACUCAACCAUUGGUCAUCAUUGGCACGACAGGACCCCUUCUACUGUUUGACGAGAGUCUCUAUAAAUUUUGCAAGGCUAAUGACUUGGAGUUCCUUACUGUAAGAGUGUAUAUCGGUGCUUGGAUGGGAAUAAUAGCUUUGACUAUAGCUUGUGUCGAAGGAUCAGUAUUGGUUAGGCUAUUCACACGUUUCACAGAAGAAAUUUUCACGGGAUUGAUAUCUCUUCUCUACAUAGUCGAAACAUUUAUCAAAUUAUAUAAUUAUUUCGUACGUAAUCCGUUACUAGACGAAUAUAACUUUUUGCCCGAUAGCAAUCAGACCCAACCGAUUAACGUGACGGAAAUAAAAAUCAUUUACGAGACAUGGAAUGGUUCGGAGAUAACGGUCCCUUAUGAUGACAUGCGAACUCUCAUACCAAAACAAGACGAAGGAGGAACUUUAAUAAAUCAACCAAAUACAGCACUAAUGUGUACGAUACUAUGCUUAGGCACCUUCCUAGGUGCUUAUUACUUACGAAUAUUCCGUAACAGUCAUUACCUCGGCCGUAGCGCAAGAAGAGCUUUUGGUGACUUUGGUGUACCCAUUAGUAUAAUCGUAUUCGUCCUUAUUGACUAUUUGGCUAAAGUGAAAACAGAAAAGUUAUUGGUACCAGAAGGAUUAAGUCCAAGCGUUGCUGGAAGAGAUUGGUUCGUAUCUCCGGCCGGUGAGAGCCAACCUAUUCCCGUAUGGGUAACUUUUGCCUGCGCUAUACCAGCACUCUUGGUUUACAUCCUCGUUUUCAUGGAAACACAAAUAUCCGAGCUAAUCAUCGACAAGAAAGAACGUAAAUUACGUAAGGGCAAUGGUUACCACAUGGAUAUAGUUGUGGUAUGUCUAAUGAACGUCGGUUGUGGAUUAAUGGGUGCUCCUUGGUGCAGUGCAGCAUCAGUACGUUCAUUGACACACGUAUCGGCAGUUACCAUAAUGUCACGUACACACGCGCCCGGAGACAAGCCACAUAUUGUCGAAGUUAAGGAGCAACGUGUUAGCGCGUUACUUGUUGCCAUUUUAAUGGGAGUUAGCGUAUUAAUGGCACCAUUAUUAAGGCGUGUACCUAUGUCCGUCCUUCUCGGGGUAUUCCUAUACAUGGGUAUAUCCUCGACAAAUGGCGUACAAUUGUUCGACCGCGUAAAACUUUUCUUCAUGCCGGUUAAACAUCAUGGAACGGCCAAUUACGUUCGUCGUGUCCAAACAUAUAAAAUGCACAUAUUCACUACGAUACAAAUAUUGUGCCUAACGAUACUCUGGAUCGUGAAGAGUACAAAAGCAGCCCUAGCACUACCGUUCUUCCUAAUACUGAUGAUACCUCUGCGAGCUCAAAUGAGCCACUUCUUUACAGCUGCUGAAUUACGUGCUCUUGAUAGCAAAGGACCGGAACAUGAAAGCACCGAAGACGAGCCUGACUUUUACGAGGAAGCUCCGCUACCUGGUUAGACUGUGCCUUAUUCGACCUAUUAUCAUCCGGUGUAUAUUAUUCUCUUCUGAUAUUCGUUCUCUUUUUAAAGAAAAAGAAAGAAAAAAAAAAAGAAAAAAAAAAAGAAAAGAAAAAAAAGAGCUACUCUCUAACACGUGUCUCUCGUAUUCUCCGAGGAAAAAAAAAACAAAAACGAAAAAAGACAAGGAAAGAAAGAAAGAAAAAAAAAAAAGGUAAAAAAAAACCUCGAAAGAGAAAAAACUAAAAAGAAAAAAAAAAAGAACACAACACAGGAA